AUGACAACAACAAAACCGUCCUCAAGUGACGUCAUCACAAACUCCCUCCCCUCCCUCUCCAAACUCAAGCAAUCCCACGAAGCUGAACUUAAAUCUCAGAUUAAAAUCACCAACACCCUCAAAGUCGCCGUCCAAGACUAUGUAGAAAAACAAGCUCAAACAAUCCAAAAAUUCAACUCCCACUCCGACCGCCGGCGUAUCCUGAUGGAGAAAAUCCAGGAUCUCAUCGACCAGGCAUCUGCUUUAGAAACAGACAACAGAGAGUGCCAAAACAAAGUAGACUCCCUGGACAGAGAGAUGUUGGAAGUGCGGGACGAACAGAGGACGUUAGAGGAUGAUUACAGUAACAGGAUGAAUGAGGUACGAGGGAAGAUAACAGGAAGUAAGAAGAAUUACAGCCAUGAAGUGGUGGUGAGGAGAGGGGAGGAGCUGAGGGAGGAGAAGAGGGGGUUGUUGGAGAGGUGUGAAGCGAUCGAGGAGCUGAUUAAGAUGGAAAAAGAGGAGGAAAAGGAGGAGGAAGAAGAGGAGAUGAUUCAAGGAACGUGA